CUCCCCCUUCCGCCCGCCCCGCCCGAAAUGCCCCGGAAGUGCGUCUGCCCUCAGUAAAGAUGGAAGUAGCCUUUGACACAGGGAGGCGGGGCUGCGCGUGCGCAACAAGUCCGGCGGGGGGAAAGAUGGCGGAUGACAAGGAUUCUCUGCCCAAGCUUAAGGACCUGACAUUUCUCAAGAAGCAGCUGGAGCGCCUACAGAAGCGUGUGGAGGAUGAAGUCAACAGUGGUGUAGGCCAGGAUGGCUCACUCUUGUCCUCCCCAUUCCUCAAGGGAUUCCUGGCAGGCUAUGUGGUGGCCAAAUUGAGGGCGUCAGCAGUGUUGGGCUUUGCGGUGGGCACAUGCACUGGCAUCUACGCAGCUCAGUCAUACGCUGUACCCAACGUGGAGAAGACGCUGAAGAACUACAUUAGGUCACUACGAAAGGGGCCUGACUAG